AUGUCUAAGUAUCUCACGGAAGUGAAAAAUGUUCUAAGCAGCAAUAAGUUUGUUCAGGUGAAUGGCAAUUUCUGUCCCGACUGUGUCUAUGUCAAUGGUGUUUGGAAGAAGUUAGGUGUUUUCGACAAAAUCCGUCUCUUCGAAGUCGGCAAUAUGAACCGAGAGGACCAAACCCGCUACAGAGACGCUUUCGCCGAGGUAGCCGGUUACCGGAAUUUGCCAACUCUGUUCGUGAAUGGCCAGGCUUGGGGCACUGAGCGGGAAGUCCAUCAGCUGGAGCGCCAGGGUAAGCUCCAGGCGGAACUCGAAAGAAUCGGGUUGUUGUAA